AUGGCGUGGCUCCUCUCGCCGACGUUCCACGUGCACUUCGUCGCCGACAAGGACGAGCCGGCGCUGAAACGCCUCGGCGCGGCCUACAAGCUGACGUCGACAAACCUGGGCAACAUGCGGCAGCUCCUCGGCUGGCGGGAGGUUGGCCAGGACUGCCGCGUCGGCAAAGGCCUUUGCAAAGGGUUUACGCUGCUCGAGCGCGUCGUCUGGAUGCGCUGUGAUGGGCCCGCCCGCGGCUGCAGCUCUCGGAGAUACCUCACGACCAACCAAUCUUUCGGGCCAGCGCUCGAGGUGCUCAAGGCCGCCGCGGUCGGCCCCGCGCCGCUGCCGCAUGUCGUGGCGGCGGUGCGCCGCCUCGUCGGGGAGGAGCGGAGCGGUGUGAUGGUGUAUGUGCGAAACAAACACGGCACCGCGCUACGGGCGCUGGUUCGCAGCGUGCUCGGCGCGGCCCUCGAGGAGGGCAAGCAGGUGACCAAUGCGCAGCAGUGGUCUUACCCGUUUCUGGCCCGGACGGUCAAGUUGCCUCGGCUGGAGGAUUAUUUGCGCGCGUACCCGUCCCACUUUCGCGUUGACGGCCCGACUGCGAGUAUCCAGGCUCCACAGUGCCGAGUGGACACUCUCCUCGUGCAGCGCGGCCACUGCAAGGCGAAACACGAUGCGAAGAAGCUCGUCAAGGCCGGGCACGUGUGGACCGACGGUGAGGUGGUCAAGUACCCCGGGCAAAAGCUGCCAGGCGACGCGCCUCUUUCUCUCACUCUCGGCGGCAAGCAGUAUCUCCAGGCGUCGGCCCUGGCCACGGGCUCGACCGCAUGGGAAAAGCGCCAGAACGCUAGGCUGGACCCCAGCGCACACAAGUUGCAGGCGGGCAUUGUGUCGGAGGCGGCGACUGCGGAGGCGGCGACUGCGGAGGCGGCGACUGCG